UGUUUUGUGGGAAAGUUUUAUUUUGGAAAGUCUCUGCUUUCUCUACAUUAUAUGUGCGUUAAUGAUUCGAAUAAAGUUUGUUUGUUUUAUAUAUUUAAACAAAUGUGGCUUAUGGGAAAUAUUCGGUACUAGUUGUUUUUAUAUAUAAAUACAUAUAUUUUUAAAGGAGUGUGAAAUGGACUUUAGGCAGAAGUUUCCUCUGCACUGCCUUGUUUGGGAGAACGACUACAGAGAGCUGGAAAAACAAAUACAGGCGCACAACAUAGAGGAGGUGGACCCGAGAGGACGAACCCCUCUGCAUUUAGCCGUGUCUCUGGGUCACCUGGAGUCGGUCCGAGUGCUGCUGAGACACGGGGCCCAGGUCACCAAAGAGAACGCCAAGAACUGGACCGUACUUCAGGAAGCGGUCAGUACUGGCGAUCCGGAGAUGGUGCAGCUGGUUCUGCAGCGGCGUGAUUACCUUAAAACCUCCACGGCUCUGGCAGGGGUGCCUGAGUUGCUGUGCAAGAUUAGAGAGUCUCCAGACUUCUACAUGGAGAUGAAGUGGGAGUUCACCAGCUGGAUUCCGCUGGUGUCGCGUGUGUGCCCAAGUGACGUGUGUCGCAUCUGGAAGAGCGGCACAAACCUGCGAGUGGAUGCCACGUUGCUUGGCUUUGAAAACAUGACGUGGAUCAGGGGGAGGCGGAGCUACAUCUUCAAGGGAGAUGAGAGCUGCGCCGAGCUGAUGGAGGUGAAUCACGAUGACGAGCUGGUGGACACGGAGCGCUUCGACAUCACACGUGAGCUGGACGAAGUCACGCUCGACUCCAUGCAGCCUGACCAACAGGAAGUGGCCAAACGUCUGACCACGCCCAUCGUCAACACCUUCCUCGACACCAAAGACAUCUCAUUUGAGAGGUGUAAAUCUGGGAUCUGGGGCUGGAGAACAGAGAGAACAGAAGUGGUGAACGGAUUUGAAGCAAAGGUUUUCUCAGUUAACAAUGUGAACGUGGUGAUUCGCACGAGGACGGAGCACCUCACAGAUGAAGAGAAGGCCAGAAUCAAAAGUGAGAGGAACGUGUUGGAAACUUUUCUCGGGACAGUAGAGCAGCAGAUCAGCGCUCAGGGGGAUUUAACUCUAGAGUACGCGACAGCGACAAACCCAACAGCCAUCACUCCAGAGGAAUAUUUUAACCCAGAUUUCGACCUGAAGGACAGAGACAUUGGACGUCCCAUUGAGCUCACCAUCAGAACCCAAAGGUUUAAGGGGACGUUGUGGAUGAGUGAAGAGCACCCCCUCUCUCUGGUGGAGCAGGUGACCCCCAUCAUCAACCUGAUGGCUCGCACCAGCACUCACUUUGCCCGUCUCCGUGACUUCAUCCAGCUCCGCUUCCCCCCAGGCUUCCCCGUCAAGAUUGAAAUCCCACUGUUUCAUGUGCUCAACGCUCGCAUAACCUUUGGAAACGUGAACAAGUGCAGUACGGAGGAGCCGGCUGACGUGAGCCAAUCAGCCACGACACCUUCACCCACAGAGGAAAGUGAGAGCAGUAAAGCUUCAGGUGCCACUCCGUUCCAGGUGUGCCCCUCUGUUUUCAAUGUUCCUGCUAACUAUCACCAGCGCGGGGGCAGCAGACACACCCACACUCACCCCCCCACCAACCACGACGAGGAGCUGCUGCAGUACGCCAUCCACCGGAGCCUGCUUGACGCCAACGGAUACGGCACACAGAACCCCUGGAGUGACUCUAAUGGAGUUUCGACACACAGCCCAGUAGAAAGCCUCAGCGAUGGGAACGUCUCUGAAGGCGUCCUUGUGGAUCUUAGCGAGACCACGCCCACCAGCACUGACUCCGCCUCCAGCCCGGAUUCCGACCUCCAGCUGGCCAUCCAAUUGUCCACACGAGCGCAGGAGGAGGAGAAAAGGAGGCAAAAGGAGGAGGAGGAGGAGCUGGAGAGGAUCUUGCAACUCUCGCUUACGGAAAAGUGAGCAAAAGAAAAGAGACCGAGAGACGGAGGAAUGACAAAAGGGAAAGUUUGUUUCCUGUUCUGCACCCUCAGAUCUCUUCAACGGCACGUGAUUUCCAGUUGCUUCUCUCCCAUCAAUUGCAUCUUGUAUCGUUCUGUUACGCAUCCAGCGAUCCGUUCGAUCCUGACAUGAAGGACACACUUUAACUCGCAGUCUAAAGACCACAGAAGCUUUUUAACCCUAACACUUCCUGUUAUUAUUCUGCCUUCUCUGACAUGAUGACGUUGCUGCUGUGUUUUCUGAGCUGCUUCAUGGAGUGUGUGAGUGUGUGUGUGUGUGUGUGUGUGUGUGUGUGUGUGUGUGUGUGUGUGAGUGUGUGUGUGAGUGUGUGUGUGAGUGUGUGUGUGAGUGUGUGUGUGAGUGUGUGUGUGAGUGUGUGUGUGAGUGUGUGUGUGUGUGAUAAGUAUCAAAACCAUAAAAGUAAGCUCUGUGGAGUUUUACAUUUUCUCAGGGUUCUUAUGAGGUUCCUUAAUAUAGUUCUUUAGUAUAACAGGGUUGAUGACUCAGAAACAUUUUGAGAUUAGUGAACAUUCUGGAAGCUCCAGAAGAACGACAUGGUUCCAACCUCACGCCACGAUUAGCUAUAAUUAACCAUUGGCCAGGGAUCAGCGAUACGGUGUACUCUGAUGCACUGUACAGCUGCUUGAACUUAACAGAAACUUACGUGAACAUUAAACGUAACUAUAAGUGGAUAAAAAGUACGAUGCAGUUCAUUAUUGCAAAUUGGUAAAUGGCUGUAAAUGGGAUAAAACACUUUGAGGUGUGCUGUUGUAUGAAAAAGACUCAACUUUGGUGUGGUUACUGUAAUGUGCUUCAUCCAGUAAUCCAGUUUUCUCCUUUCAGUACAAAUCCUGUCUGAAGAGAAAAGUUGAAUUAUACAGUGAUCUAUGUUAUCGUGAAAAAUCAGAAGUCUGGGUAAGCAUUAGAGAAAGAAAAUGUUUAUUUGUUGUGGUUUAAGUUCACGCAGGGUUAAUGCAGGCUAAUCUCAGUUCAGCAACUGUAGCAUGAAGCAUCCAUAUUUGCCUUCAAUAUACUUUUAAUAAAUCUAAAUAAAUCAUGUAUAUAGUGUGUGCAGGACAGGUUGGAUAUAUCUGCUCACUUGUGUUAGCCAGGUUAGGACACGAGCUCGUCGACUUCGCAAGCAAUACCGAAACCACUGUGCCUCAGAGAGUGAGACAGAAAAAUAGAUGAGGAUGUUCUAGUGUCUGAGGGUUGCACCACAGCUACAGGGUUUGUUGUUUAAUCGUAUAAAUGCUUAAUAUCGAAGUCUGUGUGAAAUCUCCAAUGAUUUCCUUUUUUUUUUUUUUUGGAUGCUUUCGGAUUGUAUGAGAUGCUGCUGGUGUCGAACGUUAGAUUGGAUCAUUCAUUAUCACUGUGAGCUAAAGUAGAGGAAGACUCCAGUUUUCCCUGUAUCCUAGUGCUGUGUGUAAACAUGUCCAGCUUCUUCACACAACUCACACGUAGCCACUUGAAGCAUAAGAGAAGGAGGACAGAGUAAGAUGUAGCCAGAUAUUUCUAGUCGGUUUGCUUGUUACUUCAGCUCUGAGUACAGAUGUUACAGCAGUAUUUACACAGGGAAAGUUCCUUGUAUUCAGAGAGAGUGUGUGUGUGUGAGAGAGAGAGAAAGAGAGAGUGUGUGUGCAGCUUGACCUAGAUUGAAAUCUCCUCUGUCAUUCACAACUAGAAACAUCUGAGACGGGAUUCUUCAAAAGCAAGACGACCACUAGCUUUAAACACAAGCGCUCGCUCUAAAACCUCUAAAAAUGUUAAAUUAGGGAUAGAAAAUACGGACCGAAGAAGGACACACUAGGAUUCAGUUGUGUUUUGGGUUUUUUUUUCUUUUCUUCCAUUUGUGUGACUAAGUCAAGAUUGCUGCAUGUGCUACAACAUGACCUUCAUUAUUGCUUAUAAUUUUUUUAGAUCCUUUUCUGACUUGUUUAAGCUACAAGAUACUAACUUAAUGCACAUAAUGUAGGCUUUUCAUCACAAUUUACAAGUUUGUUAAAUUAAUAAUAAAAUAAAUUCCACAUUAAGAAUGUGGCCCUCAGACAAGAUGGAGCACAUGGCUAUGUGAAAAAAACAACAACUAAUAAAUACUGCGACAUUAAGGAUAUUUUUGCUCAUGUUGUUUAGUAGCUGGAUGUUGGGCCAUGUUUCAGUGUUGAGGAGAGAAAUAUGAGUGGAGACUUUUGUGUUAAAUGUAACACAAGAUCACUAAGAACAACGCAAUGAGGUGAUGUCAUCAAGGGCGUGAUGAUGACUGUUGAAAACGGCGCAGAUCUUUCACUUCUACCUGGAUUGUAGCAAACAGACGAACUCUUUUUCUCAUACAUGCACACACACACACACGUUGCUCUUUUCUUAGUGCACCUGAAGAAACCUUCAGCAGUGUAAAUGUAAGCAGUAUCUUUAUUUUAUAUUUUAUCACAAAAACGACUGUGAUUGUCAACAGUAUAUAGGCAGUGUUCUUUUUCUGGUGGUUUCUUGGGUUUUUAAAGGAAGUAAUUGCCAAACAUGAUCAGUUUUACCAUAUCAGGGUUUAUUGGUGUCUAAUUUUCACGGCUAAUUAACUGUUUUCUGAGCUGAGCUUAUGGUAAACUGUAUAAUCUUUUGAAUUUAACAAAAAAAAAAUUUCAUGUAAUAAAAGCACUUUAUAUGAGUAAA